GUGGGAGCAGCGCCAGUGGAGCCGCCAUGGAGUGGGCCAAGCUGCGCACCUACACCCGAAGCACGAGGCAGAAGAAGGCUGCACGCUGCUCUUCCCCAGUGCCAGGCCUGGCAGCCUCCGCCCUGCGCCGGGCAGGCAGCAGCAAUGCCAAUGCCCGCCAGCACCUCUUCUCCCCUCCUGCCUGGGAGCACCACGUCCCAAAUCUGAAAGGAAAUUCCAAGAUGAAAACCUUACCAAAAAUCAAAGAAAAGGCUGAAGUGGCCCAAGUGAGCAACAGUUCAUCUGGUCAGAGUGUACAAGUAAUUAACAAAGAAGUUACAGGCAUGGAAGAAAGCGAAGACAUCAGGGAAAAAAGUGCUACUCUAAUGAAGGAAUCUUUGCCUAUCAACUCUGAAAGUAAAGAGAGUUUGAGAACUACCGACACUACUUCAGGAAUUACUCUGCCAACUGGUGUUUCUACCUUUCUUCUGGAUUGUUUAGACUUGGCUUCCUCUAAAGAUGUCAGUGUGGAAACUAAUGAUAGUAUGGAUAGCUGCUCAUCACCUGAAACAUUCAGAGAUGAUGAUGGCUUAGAUGGAUAUUAUUCCAAUCCUGAGGCGUGUUUCAAAUGUAAGAAUUCUACUCUACUGGACACCAGCAAAGCAAUGACUAUUGAUAAGAUGCCACAACUUGCAAAUCUUUCAGAGAUAUUAGAACCUGUACUGGAGGAUCUUCAAGACCAAUAUGUUGGAAGAGAGAAACCAUCGACAUGCAGUAACAAUCCUUCUGAUUUGACAAGUGCUUCAGCUGUUGUUGUUGCAGGAAAACAAAUAUGUAAAAUUAUACCUGAGAAAGAAAAAACUCCAGAUGUAACACCUCACACUUUCUGUCCCUUACCUCCAAGAUCAAAGAGGAAGCUUGAUGCUCAAAUUGCUAAACCCAAAAACUUGAAGUGCAAGAAAAAGGUAAAGUUCAGUGAGCAGGUAAAAGGGGGAACAUCUUUGUCCUGUCAUCUUGAAUCUACUGUGGAUCACAUCACAACUAAAGCUGUGAGACUGACAGCAGACGUACUGUCAUCUGAACAGCCAGAGUGUGAAAAGGAAAUGAGUUCCCCAGGACUGGUCACAGAAAAAACCAGAGAACUGCUAACAAGCACAGGAUACUUUCACCCAGAAGAUUUAGAGUUUAACUUGUCACCAGUGUGCAAGGCAUCCUCUGAUGAAGAUUUAUUCCUAAAUACAACGGGUCCAUAUGUGAAUUCAGCAGAAAUUAUUCCUGCACCUCUGAGUCCUGAAGAAACAACUGUAUAUCAGUCUCCACAUCAGAGACGAGAAAUCUGCUCUAUUGUUAAAGCUUCACCAGGUGUUAGACCAUCUGAGCAUCGCCUAAUUCCAGUUAGUGGCAGUGUGUUUCUUCCUCCUGAAGGGAUGCCUGAAUGUAAUGGAAACAGGAGAAUGUUUCAUACACAAAUGACAGAUGUUAUUACAAGUACCAAAAACUGGGUCUGCAGUAACCGUAGCUAAGCUGUUUGCUUGUCACAAGAAGUAGAAACUAGUAAAGGUUCCACCUUAGGGUGUGAAAUGUCUGACUGAUAAAUGGAAGAGAAUACUCACAAGUGAA